AUGGUGGACAUUAAUCAAUGGGACGCUUGUAACACAACUGUUUUUAAGACUAUAAAUACAGUUAAAGAGACCGACGAUGAAGAAUUUUUAUGGAAUGAAACAUUUCUUAAGGAAAGAUCAUUAUGUGGAAAUGUUCCUGAAUAUGGCUGUGAGAUUUGCGGACAAACAUUCUCUUCAAAACAUGAUAUCUACACGCACAAAAUAAUACACAACAGGGAAAAACCUUAUUAUUGUAAAAUAUGUGGGAAAUAUUUUGUAUCUGACAGGGAUUUAAUAAAACAUAGACGGUCACACCCUGGAGAAAAGCCGUAUGAUUGUGAAAUUUGCGAGAAGUCAUUUUCCCUUAAUUCUGUUCUUCUUAUCCACAAACGUAUCCAUACCGGAGAAAAACCUUUCCAAUGUGAAAUAUGUGAGAGAUCAUUUUCUCUUAAAUCUGUUCUUCUUAGCCAUAAACAUAGUCAUGCUGGAGACGGACCUUAUAAUUGUGAAGCACGUGGGGAAUCAUUUACUGUAAAAAGCCCGUUAAAAACACACAACACUUGUCAAACGGGAGAAAACCCAUUUAGGUGUCAAAAAUGUGGGAAAUUGUUAAUUAAUAAUUUUCAGCGUGUCAUUCAUAAAUGUAGUCCUACUGGGAAAAAGCAUUAUAAUUGUGAAAUAUGUGGAGCGUCAUUUAUCACUAAUGGUCUCUUAAAAGCACAUAUAUUAAAUCACACCGAAAAAAAAGGGUUUCACUGCGAAAUAUGUGGAAAAUCUUUCACUAAAAAGUCCAGUCUUGAAGUUCAUAAACGAAGUCACACUGGAGAAAAACCAUAUCGUUGUGAAAUAUGUGGUAAAUGUUUUGUGUCUAAUAGUAACAUAACGAAGCACAAAAGAAUACAUGUUGGAGAAAGGCCAUAUCAAUGUGAAACAUGUGGGAAAUCUUUCACUCAAAACCCUCAGCUUCGUAUCCACAAGCGUGAUAUAUGUGGGGAGUCAUUUAUCACUAAAAGUUUUCUUAAAAUGCACACUCUAGAAUUGUUUCACUGUGAAAUAUGUGGAAAGACUUUUAGUAAGAAUUCCAGUCUUGUAGUUCACAAACGUUGCCACACUGGAGAAAAACCCUACCAUUGUCAAAUAUGCUGGAAAUCUUUUGUGUCGAACAGUAACUUAACAAAGCACAACAGAGUACAUGCUGGAGAAAAACCAUUUCAAUGUGAAAUAUGUGGGAAAUCUUUCACUAUGAACUGUAAUCUUGUGGUCCAUAAACGUAGUCACACUGGAGAAAGGCCUUAUCCUUGUCAAAUCUGCAUGAAAUCUUUUGUCUCUAGCAGUGACUUAACCAAGCACAAACGAUUACACGUUGGAAGAAAAAAAAAACUCACUGCAAUAACGAAAUAUUUCUAA